AAAGUCGAUCCAAAGCGCAAUAAACUAGCAGUACGUAGUGGCACCCGUCACAUCCUCCGUUGGAUCACGCGCGCUUGGCAUUGUAAAUUGGCGUGGGAUCGCACGCAACGGUCCAGAUCAAGCGCGCCGUCUCUUUCUUUUUCCACCUGCUCCACACCCCGAGCGAAUUAAGCAAGCCCCGUGUCUACGUGCAACGAGUACGUACGUAGCUCAUUUUGUCUAGCGUGAUCCACUGUAAAUCUCGUGUACUCUGGACCGCUUUCUCGGAGAAAGUUUGUAGCCGGGCCGGCGAGCAUUCCGAUCGAUCCGACGACUAGGUAAAUGUAAACACUCGCCGUGCAGAUCCGGAUCGAUCGUGGGGUGGUGCGCCGAGGACUCCUCCGGCUUCCAGUUCCGAAGCCACGCCUCGGCACGAGCGCAGCAGGUCUACCACCACCACCACGUCCUCCUCACUCUCUUCCGAGCGUGCCAGCAGCGGCUGCGACAUGGCGACGGAGCUGGAGAAGCAAGGCAGCGAUCAGGGCGAGACGUCAUUGUCGUCGGCGCGGGUGCGGCUUCUGGAGCGAGAGGUGGCGGUGGCGAAGCAGACGGAGGCGAGGAUGCUGGAGUCCCUGAUCCACCGGACCAAGGAGCUGGAGCAAGCCAAGGUCGCGCUCCAGGAGGCCAAGCUCGAGGCCGCCACGCUGCGGCAGGGCGCCGGGCCCGCGCAGGGGCAGUGGAGCGUCAUGGACCUCAUGUUCGGCGGCGUCGACGAGGAGAUCAACGGGCUGAGGGGCAGCCUCCGGUCGGCGCUGGCCGCCGAGGAGAGGAGCCGGACGGCGGCGGACGACCUCGCCGCCGCGCUCUCCGCCGUCACCUCGGAGGCCAAGCAGGUGAAGGCGUGGCUGUCUGACGCGCAGGCCGAGCUGGAGCGCGCCAACGCCGAGGCCGGCCGCCUCGAGGGCCUGCUGCGCGCCGCCGAGGCGGACCUGCGGUCGGCGACCGAGCAGCUCGACGGCGUCAUGUCGGAGUGGAAGGAGGCCGCGGCCGCGUGGCGCGCAAGGGAGAAGGCGAUGCUCGGACGCGCCCACGCGGCCGAGGAGGACGCCGACGGCGCCCGGCGUGAGAACGCCGAGCUGGCCGAGCUGCACCGGGCGGCCGGCCACGAGAACGGCGGCCUGCGGCGCGCGCUGGAGCGAGCGGUGGAGGAGGCCAACGCGGCCAACGAGUCCCUCGAGUUCGCGGGCAGCGAGAACUCGAAGCUCCGCGACGCCAUCGCCGAGAAAGAGCGCGCCAUGGGGUCCCUGAGGCUGGAGAACGAGUCGCUCAAGGCCAGCGAGGCUGCCGCGCAGGGGCGUGCCGUGGAUCUAAGCAACCAGCUCACGGCGGCAACCCAAAAUGCGGCCGCUGCCGCCGAUGGAGGCACGGGCGGCGGAGAGAAGGCAGCGGCGGGGCUGCUACUGGAGAAGUGGAAAGCCGACGCGCAGGGGAAGCUCGGUGCGGCAGCGUUCCUGGACUCCGGCAGGGUGAUGGCCGCGGGCCGGAAGGAUCGGAUGUUCGCGUCCAUCAGCAACCUCGCGGAGCUGAGGUCCGCGGCGGCGGCGGCGGCCAUGGACGAUUACGACUACGAGUUCGACCACUUCGAUGGCGGAAGACAGUACGGUGGCUUGGAGCAUGCCAUGAAGCACAAGAAGAGGAGGUCCGUUCUGCGCAAAUUCGGUGAUUUUUUUAGGAGGAGAAGCCUGCACAAGUCAGACUUUGCGCCGGUUCUAUAGCUAGGUGGAUAGUACUAUUUGUGUGAUGCUUUGCAUUGUGUGUUUGCAUGAUACCCGUACUGUGAAAUACACCCAUAAUAAAUGCUACUCUGUUCAUAUACAAGA